UCCCCUUUAUAUUCCUCCCUAAGAAUCCAAUUCAUUCAAACCGUGGUUUUCAAACAUUCAAACUGGCUCAUAGAUUUUCAGAGAGCCCAAAAAAAGAAUACCCCUAUUAUAUUAAUAUAUAAUAUAACAUAUAAUUUACAUUAAAAUAAUUUGUGCCUGCUCUUCUUCUAUAUAUAAUCACUGUUCAGGUAUAGGUUUCUGGCCUUUGUUUUUCCUUUAAGUUUCUGUGGCAAGCCGUCUUCCAUUAUUCCUUUCUUCCUCCACAAAUCUAUGGAUCCGAUUAUACAAGUGCUUUUAAGCUAUCCUCCACAAAAAAGUAUCAAGUUUGAAUGCAUUUUGAUAGCAGUAGAACUAUCACAGUGAAGAGAAAUAAACUGUUAAAGCAAAUUUACAAGCGAUCUCUCUAAUACUUCUGCUAGGGCGCUGUAUUAUUAGGGCAAUUCUGGAUUUGCUUCUUUCCGUAUAUCUUGUGCAUAUUAAUUUGUAGAAGAAAACUGUUUAUAUUUUCUUAUAGAUCUUCCUUUGUAUAGGUAAAGUAGAACUGAAAGUCUGGUUUCAAAAUUUGGAUUUUUUUUCUUGCUACUUAUUCUGAGCUAGAAGAAAAAAAAAAUUUAUAUAUUGGUAAUGUCAGGGUUAGAACCAAGUCCAGGUUCUCGCUAUGUCCAUCAGCUUCUGCAGCUCCAAAACCAAACGGAUUCGGAAGAAUCGCCGGAGCAAGAGCAAAGAAGUAGUCAUGACUCCGAUGCAGCCGCCACCAGUUCAGGCGGAGGAGGCACUGCUUCCGGCCGCAGGCCCCGUGGACGUCCCCCGGGCUCGAAGAACAAGUCCAAGCCACCUAUUAUUAUUACUCGAGACAGUCCAAACGCGCUUAGAUCUCAUGUUCUUGAAAUUUCAGCCGGCUCAGACAUAGUGGAUUCUGUGGCAAACUACGCCAGCCGCCGUGGGCGAGGCGUUUGUAUCCUUAGUGGAACGGGGGCGGUUACAAACGUGACAUUGAAGCAGCCGGCUGCCCCGGCUGGGAGUGUCAUAACACUACAUGGGCGGUUCGAGAUAUUGUCCCUCACAGGAACAUCACUGCCACCGCCAGCGCCUCCGGAAGCGGGUGGCUUGACCAUAUAUCUGGCGCGUGGACAGGGACAGGUGGUGGGAGGGAGCGUUGUGGGGCCUUUGACGGCUUCAGGUCCGGUGGUUUUGAUGGCGGCAUCAUUUGCCAAUGCAGUGUAUGAUAGGUUACCACUGGAGGAAGAAGAAUCACCAGGGCAGGUUCAGCCUGCGGCUUCGCAGUCAUCGGGAGUGACAGGCGGUGGAGGGCAAUUGGGCGACGGAGGAAGUAAUUCCGGUGUUGGAGGUGUUCCUUUCUAUAAUUUGGGAGUGAAUAUGGGAAAUUAUCCUUUCCCUGGUGAUGUUUUCGGUUGGGGUAGUGGUGCCACUGCUGGUAGUACUACAAGGCCACCAUUUUAGCAAUAAUUUAAGUUUGAUGAUUCGUAAGUGUGAAAAAAGUAAGAAAAGGAAGAAGGUGAAAUCAAAUUAAACUUGCCUCUGUAGAAAUGCAGUAGUAUGUCCUCUAGAAUUAAAGCUAAGUUAUGAAGAAAAGAGGAAAGAAGACCCAUGUACGUAGGGCUUGAAGCUUCUGAAUCAGUAAGUCCGACAUUUAUAAUUUUUCAAUUUCUGUUGAUAAUCUAUAUAUCUAUAUCUAUAUAUAUGUAUAUCCUCUGCACUUGGUGGGGAAUAAUUUAUUUUAUUCAUCUAUUUUUAACAUCAUUUUAUAUAUGUUUUUGUAAUCCUCUAGUCAGUAGCUCCAGUUUGUACUGUGCUGACCAUUAUUACAUAAGAAGAGCUGGGAAAGGAAAGUUCUAAUGUCAGUUACAAACUGGCCUGCUAGAAUUUUACAUAUGUUUCUCGGUCAAUCUCUUUGUUGUUAAAAAGAUUCUAAUUGAACCACCGGCU